AUGGCCCCGGAGAAAACGACUGGAAAUAGGUUGUUGGACUCCUAUGAUGUUUUCCUAUUUGAUGCCGAUGGGGUUCUUUGGCUUGGCGAUCAAGUUAUUCCCGGCGCUGUUGAUGCCAUAAAUAAGUUAAUCGACCUGGGAAAGCAAGUACUGGUGAUUACCAACAAUUCCACCAAAACGUCAGACCAAUUUGCACAAAAGAUUUCAAAAUUGGGGUUCAAAAAAUUGUCAGCGUCCAAGGUUAUCAGCCCAGCCAUGGUGGUUUCGGAAUAUCUGACGUUGGAUCCAAGAAGUAAAGAAUUGCCGGUUUAUUUGAUCGGAACCAAAAACCUGGAGUCCAUGAUCAAUGCCGCAGGCAUCAAAACCUUCGGAACGGGUGCUGAUAAUUUAGAUUCAGAUGUGGUAAGGGUUAUUGAAUAGUAUGAUAAUAAGGAAUAUGUUUAGAACGGAUUCGUCGAAAGCAUUGAUCUCAGCAGAAAAGUAUUCGCCGUUGUGACCAGUUACGAUCCUCACUUUAACUACGUAAAGUUGACAAAAGCCGUUAACUACAUCAAGGACCCAGAUGUCCAAUUCAUAGCCACCAAUGAAGACAAGACCUUCCCCACGAGUGUCCCGGGUAUGAUCGUCCCCGGUGCCGGAUCUUCAUCGUUAUCAGUCCGCGCGAUCAGUGGUAGAACUCCGGUUGUUAUGGGGAAGCCUCACAGUUCCAUGUUCGAAUACAUUAGUCGCAACUUCAAUAUCAACCCCAAUAGAACCUUGAUGGUGGGCGACAGAUGUGAUACGGACAUCUGGUUCGGGAAUUCGAAUAAUUUGGACACCUUGCUGGUGUUGACGGGCGUUCACGAUCUCGCAUAUGUGGGGUCGAUCGAGAAUGACAAAGAUCUCGUCCCUAAAUAUUACGCCGACUCCAUUAACGUCUUUCUCGAGUAA